UCAUCUUCUCAUUUCCAUCUCCACUCCACUUCAAGGCCAUUCACUGUAGAAGGCUGUACUGCCUCCAAAUAACUGAGCCAGUGUUACUUGUGAUUUAAUAUUGUAAACAUCAAUUUUUUCUACUGUCACUGAAUGGUUUGAAGGAAAAAACAUGAUUUUAAAUGAAUCAUUUUUGGUAGAUAUAUUACUAGCAAUAGUAACAAUACUUGGACUGUUUUACUACUAUAUGACACAACACUUUGACUACUGGAAGAAAAGAGGAAUCCCUUAUGUCAAGCCAACACCUGUCUUUGGGAAUUUAAAAGAUCAAUUCUUAUUUAGAAAAUCCCUAAACUAUGUUAUGCAAGACAUAUACAAUAGUUUAGCAGGAGAAAAAUUUGGUGGUUACUUUGAGUCAAGAUCUCCAAUAUUGAUGAUUCGGGAUCCAGAGUUGAUCGAAAGAAUUCUUGUUAAAGAUUUUUCAUAUUUUAUAAACAGAGAUUUUCCAUCAGAUGUGAAACGAGAUCCUCUUUCUGGCAAUCUAUUUGGUCUGAAAGGUGAUGUUUGGCGGAAUCUCCGAAACAAAUUAACUCCAACUUUCACAACUGGAAAACUGAAAGGCAUGAUCGAGCAAAUAUGCAACAGCGGUGAUGAACUGCUUUCUGUAAUAGAAAAAAGCACCGGGAGUAAAGAAGGAGUUAAUGCCAAAAAAGUAGGUUCAAUAUUCAGCAUUGAUGUUAUUGCCAGUUGUGCUUUCGGUUUACAAUUCAAGCCUGACAGUCCAGAGGGAGUACAAUUUCGAAAAAUUACAGAUGAGGUGUUUGCUCCUUCUGUACGCCAAACAUUACGAAUGACUCUGAUGAUGUUUUGCUAUCCACUUGCCAAACUGUUAAGAAUAAAGAAUGUUCCAAAAACAGUUAAUGAUUAUGUGAUUGAACUAGUCAAAACAACCAUGGCGUUCCGAAAAACAAAUAACGUACAAAGAAAUGAUUUCUUGCAACUAAUGAUGAACUUGAAGGCUCAAGAGGAAGAAGGUAAAGAAAUUAACUGGAAGAAAGAGCUGAGUGAAGAGGAUGCAUAUUUGAACCACAUGGACUAUGUUCCCAACAAUAAUCAACAAGAAAUCGGAUUUAAAGUGAUGUCAGACGAGUGCAUCGCAGCUCAAUCAUUUGUAUUCUUGACGGGAGGAUCCGAGGCCACAGCCAACGCUAUCGCCUUCAUCCUCUAUGAACUGGCUGUAAAUCCUCACGUGCAAACAAAACUGCAACAAGAAGUUGACUCAGUGCUCGGAAAGUAUGAAGGAAAACUUACUUACCAAAGUCUGAAGGAGAUGACAUAUUUGGAUCAGAUCAUACAAGAGACAAAUCGCAAGUAUUCUUUUGGUGGGUUCUUGCGGAGAAUUAGCAAUGCUCCAUACCAGAUACCAGGCACAGAUAUCGUCCUGGAGGAAGGAACGAAAAUAACGAUUCCACUGUAUGCAAUCCACAAUGAUCCUGCCAAUUAUCCAGAGCCUGACAAAUUUAUACCUGAAAGAUUUGAAGGCAAUAAUCAUCGCACGAAUGGUAACAAGUAUCUGCCGUUUGGAGACGGUCCCAGAGUUUGCAUUGCGAUGAGGUUUGUCAUUCUGGAGCUGAAGGCAUGCCUGGCCAUCGUGAUGUCCAAAUACACCACCACGCUGGAUCCUAGGACAGAGGUGCCUCUACGAUUCAAUGCAAGAUCCAUCGUAAUCACUCCUUGUGGGGGGAUCUGGGUGAAAUUCCAGAAGAGGACAUAAGUUACUCCAGACCAACAGAUACUAGACUAGAACCUAUGUACAUCACGGUGCACCGUCCUCAUUCAGACAACCUCAUAAUGGCAUGACUCAUGAGUAAUAUAACAUAACUUAGUAAAUAUUAUAUAUGUAUAUAAAAAAUUUUAAAUUUCCCCCCUCCCAAUCUAGCCGUCCUGUGCAUGAGCACAGAUUAGCACGGGCUUGGUUACAAUUCCAACUUGCUUUAGAUUUGCACCAAUUAAUAAUUUAAUGAUGGUAAUCAAUAUUUUACAUCACGCUAAUGAAAUAUAAUGUUCACAUUGAGAGCAAUGAACGUCAAGCAGAUACCAAAAAUUAAGAGGCUAAUUGAACACCAAGGCUCACUCUCUAUAGACCAAGUACAUAUCCAGGUCUGAUAUGCGGAGAGGGGAGAUGACGUGAUUAAUUAGCAUUCGAUUUUUUAUGGGAAUGUUUCCACAUCACAGGGCGAGCUCAGCAUAUCACUCACUAACGGGUAGUUUCACCCUCUGAAAGAGUGAAGAUUAUGACAAAUUAUAUGAUUAAUGAGAUGGUGCAAUCUGCAUUCCAUAGUAAUAAAAAAAUUCAAAUUAAACCAAACUUUAAAAACAAAAUAAUAAAAAUUGGCAUGUUGGUGUAAUAUGGUGAAUAUCUAAAAAAUAAUUAGCGUUCAGAUAAAAACUGGCUGAUAAGUAAACAAGGUUGAGUUUAUAUUCUGGAUCAACACAGAGAUCUAUAAUUCAAUAGCUGAUAUUAAAUUGAUUUAUAACAAGUUAACACCGUGUGAAAGUUUGGUUAAAGUCAAAGAAAUUACGUGUGAACAUUAAUCGAUGCAGCAUAUAAUAGGUUAUGUUUUAAGCAAUAAAGUAUAUGUGAUAGAUACUA